ACAAAAACAACUACAUGCAAAAGACUGCGCUGCAUUGGAGAGAAUUGUGGUUUCCGAAAUAAAAGCAGAUGAAUUCUUGUUUCCUGAACUCUCUGCCUUAGUUACACAGACGGUGGUGUGGGAGUGACCAUCUCUAGAAUACCUUGAGCUCAGGUAGUGUACUAAGAUUAUGCAAACUCCGCGCUUGGUGUUGAAGAUGUGAUUGAAGAUGGGCAGACGGGUGAUGGUAUGGAGAAGCAUGGUCCGUGAACACAAAGCAUGGUGAAGAAAGGACUGAAUGCAUGGUGGGGUGGAGUGCUAGAAGCGGAGGACGGAGGUGUGCAAGCAUGGGUCCACACCAAACCUAGUAUGGCGUCGUCUGCGAAGCUGAUGAACCCAAGAGACAACCUUCCAGAAAAACACCACUGCUUGCUUUGCAACAUUGCUUUGAUGAAAAAAGCCAGGACAUGGAACACUCCAAUCGAGCUAAUCAACAAAAUCUAUCAAUGUGCUCUGGCAUAUAUCUAUCUUCAACUGCUUAGAGUUCUGCAGUCCUUUCGAUCUUGUCCAAAACUGCCAUAUAUCUUCUUCUUGAAACAAACUGAUGGAAUGCAAUGCAAAAGUCAAAAGAGCUACAUGCAGAAGACCAAGCUGCAUUAA